UUGACACAAAUACAUACACAUAGAAGAAAUAUGUGCGUGAAUGUUAUAAUUGUUAGCGAAAGAAAAGACAACACAGUAUCGCAAUCAGCAAAACAGGAAUUACAAGCGAACAAACCAUCAAAUAAAUGGGCAACUUUGUGAGCAGGCAAAAUGCAGCUGUCGAGGAAGCAGACCAUUCCACCAAUCAUGCCUACAAAUAUCCACCACGAUUGGGAAAUUUCUUUAGCACCCAUUUUAUAAUGGGAGGCGAACGCUUCGACACGCCCCAGCCCGAAUCAUAUUUGUUUGGCGAAAAUGCCGACCUCAAUUUUCUGGGCAAUCGCCCCACAGCGUUUCCCUAUCCGCCGCCACAGGCCAAUGAGCCGACGAAAACGUUGAAAAGUCUUGUCAACAUACGCAAGGAAUCUGUGCGUUUUGUGCGUGUGCCAAACGAUAAUAAAAACAAAAAGCAAACUGAUGUCGUCGAUGCUGCCACAGAGAACAAAGCGAAAACAAGAGAAUUGAGUGAAAGCAGCAGCAAUCACACUCAAGUCGAUGGCAAUGUGAUAUGUAACAUGACAACGGCAACAGACACUGAGAUUAUCGGUUCGCCAAGCUCUUCUUGCUACAAUAUUGAAUUUACGUUCGAUUCGGAUGCAAAAUGCGCUAUCACCAUUCAUUAUUUUUGCACCGAGGAUGUGAGUCUCAGUGGAGUUACAUUGACUCAACGCGAGGGUCUGCUCACGUCCUUCACAUCGGAAACGUAUCAUUAUGACAAGGGCAUCAAUCAAUGCUUCUCGCAGCCGAGCCACGUCUUCAAUCCACAGCUGAUACCAGAGGAUGAUCUGGUCUACAAUGCUGGACGCGAACAGUAUCCGGUUGCUAUACACUGUGUGGUCGAGGAGGGCAACGAGGAGUGUCGUCAGUCGCACACAACCAUUUGUGUGAUUGAUCAUCAUCCAGAGACGACGACUUAUGUGUUGCGUGCACUCAAACAAAAGAUCUUUGUCGAUGGCCUCUGCUAUCUUCUGCAAGAGAUUUAUGGCAUCGAGAAUAAGGCGGUGAACAAAUCGCCCUUAGACGAAGAGAUCGAUGACCAUGGCAGCGAGUGUGUCAUCUGCAUGAGCGAGACUCGCGACACUCUUAUACUGCCAUGUCGCCAUCUCUGUCUGUGUAAUUCGUGCGCCGAUUCGCUUCGUUACCAAGCCAACAAUUGCCCCAUUUGUCGGGCACCAUUCCGUGCGCUGCUCCAAAUACGAGCCGUGCAGAAGGGCAUCAGCAGCAGCAGUUCGCACAUGGUUCAUCAUCAGAAUACGCCAACCUCAGUUGCUGGCGGUGGUGGUGAAUCGACGCCCAUUGACAUUCCACCUGGAUUUAUUCCGGUCUCGCUGAUUGAAGCUCUUAAUGGACCGCCACAAGUGACGCGUGCCAGAAGCGUUGAUCAUGACAUCAUGGACAGCUCAACGGUGGCUGCCUCAACGAUGACCAGCGGCGACAACGUUAAGGCCACAUCACCAGUCAAGUCGAGUAGCCAACGGCGAUCAAAGAUUAAAAAGAAUGCAUCAACUUGCACCACAACGAACGAGAUGAGUACACUCACAACGCAAACGAGCGGUGGAACAUCAACAGUAUCUGUGGUGGAAAUUGAAAGCGAUCCCAAGAAGUCGACGCCUUCUUUAACGUCAUCGUCAAAGGCAACGUCAACGCCGACACUCACUUGCUCCCCAAACAUACAGGAGGUGCACAUCAUUAAUGAGCGCCACAAUGGGCUAAAGUACCAGAAGCACAAUCAAUCUGGUAGCAACCACGAUGUCGUCGACGAUGAAGACAGCGAAAAUGAGAAGCUGUCACCCCUGCUUUCGCCAGGUAGCCGAAGCAAAAAUACAUCAUGCAAGUCACUGAAACAAGUGGUAGCCAGUUUGGGUAUUCAUGAUGACGAUGACGAUGAUGAUGUGGUGGACGGAGGAAGUCCAAAUAUUGAUGCAGCUGGAGAAGACAUUGCUGGCCAUGAUUCUCUCUCCCGUAAAAGUGACUCCUCCCUAAAGCGAAUUAAGCAUACCGGCGAUCUGGCCGACUGUGAAAAGCCAUCCACAGAGCCUGCUGGCCUAUUGGCAGCCAACUUGAGUGCCGAGGAGUCGGAUUAUUAUACACCCGAUGACACACAAAACAAUAUAUUGAGCCCAUUGUGUCAGAGCGAGCGGACAAAGGGCGGAGAUUCCGGAAGUCGUCAUGAGACGAUGUCAUCCGACACCAACAUGUCCAGCUCAAUUGGAAUCGGCGGUGGAUACAGCAGCACUGUGAAAAAGAUCCAGAAUCUGCACAAAAAAUCCACUUCAGUGGGUAACAUUGUGGGACCCGCAAACAGUACUUGCGGCGGCGUUGUUGACUUAAAGAUCAAUAAUGUCAGUUCACUUCCAGAUAUGUUGGACAGCCCGGUUAGCGGAAAUUCAGCGUCCACGCGCAGUUCCAGUGAUAGCUACUCAUCGAGUUCAUCAACUAAGCAAUUGCUUAGCUCUAACCCAUCCACAACGGCGGCGAACAUUAUUGUUGAUGACAAGACUGCACUUCAGAAUGCGGUCAAUGUUUGAAAUACAACCUGUGCUAGACAAAUGUAGGGUGUUAUAUGGUAUAUAUAAAUAUAUAUGUAUGUCUAUGUGAAUGUAUCAUUAUAAAUUAAAUAUGGUUCAACAUGAUAUUAGCUUUUAACAAAAC